AUGCCGCCCACUAGAAGAACAUCAUUCGUUAAUAGAAAUAAUAAUUCUUAUAAACAAAAAAGAAAUCUAUUUGUAAAUAUUGAAAAUCAGCUUCAUAAAGAAAUGAAAACUCUAUUAGAUAUGUUAAAAGAAUUUGAAGAACAAAAAAAGAAACUUCAAAGCGAAGAAGCAGUUCUUUUAUCAAUGCUGGGUGAAGAUAUUAAAACUGCUUUUGAGGAUUAUUCUCAAAUAAAUGAAAAUUUCACAUCAAAUAAUUCAAAUUUAGAUAAUAAAAUAGUGAAUGCAUUAUCUUUUUUUGAAAAUAUGAGUGAAGAUAAUGAUGAAAAUGAUGAGUUUUUAUCAACAUCACCACCAGUAGUAGAAGCUGAUAAGUUAGAUAAUAAAAUAGCAAAUGCAUUAACUUUUUUUGAAAAUAUGGGUGAAAAUA